AACCCUCGACCUCGAAACACCGAGCGCAGCAAAUAUGGCCCACGAAACCGUCUGGUACUCUCGUCCUCGGACUUACGGCAAGGGCAGCCGGGGCUGCCGUGUCUGCACCCACCGUGCUGGUCUGAUCCGCAAGUACGGCCUUAACAUCUGCCGUCAGUGCUUCCGUGAGAAGUCCACCGACAUUGGCUUCAACAAGUUCCGGUAAAUCACUCAUACCACCACAAUAAAUGUCGAGGGCGGGUGUGUGUGGGAUAUCCGAGGAUCGAGGAUUCGAGAGCGGGAAAAGGAGGCGAUAUUAUCCGGUCUGGUAAUUCCAGUCUUUUUCUCUCAAAAUAAUUUUAAAACGGGGCGCCGGUAGUGGUCGGGUUUUCUUGCCAUGCCGUCGUGCAUGCUCUCGUCGGACGUCUUCGGUUCUUAGCUUCCUGUUAUGCUAGAGAACAAGAGCCGCGAUUUCUGCAUCUUAUGAUUUCUUGAAUCUUAUUUGCUGUCCCAUGUGUGAAUGUAUAUUGAGGCACAUCUUCGGUUCAC